AUGGUCCCGCCGGAAAGCGAGAGUGCGCGCAGCUGUGCGCAGGCGGCGGCGGCGGCGGCGGCGGCGUCGGCAGGUGGCGGCGGCAGUAGGCGCAGCGCAGAGGCGCCGAGCGGAGCGGAGCAGCGCUGGCCGCCACAGCCGGGUGCCGACGCCGCCGCCGCCGCCGGCGCGACCCUGACGCUCUACUACGUCGUGCUACCCGGGUCGCGCCUGCCCUCGGCGCCGCCUCCGCCGCUCCUAAUGGACGCCGCCGCCGUAGCCGCGGCCGGCGUGCAGCCGGGCGCCGUCGUCGUGGCGGGCAGCAGCAGCCGCAGCGCCUCCUCCGCCGCCUCCACCACCUCCGGCGCCGCCGCCACCAACGGCAGCAGCAGCAGCAGCAGCAGCAGCGUGGGCGGCGGGGGCGGCGACCCGCCCAGCCCGCCGGCAGCCAGCGCGCCCGCCGCUGCCUUCACGAGGUACGCUGGCGUCCUCUGCCCGCCGACCGCUGGGCCGCGCCGCGCCUCCGAGACGCCGCGCUCGCCGACCUCAUCUUCCCUUCCCCCUGCAACCUUUCCCUUUCCAGAAUCCCUGCACAUAAAGAUAUAA